CCCCUAUCGGAAGCCUCGGCCGGAGAAAUGGUCCCCGGGCUCCACCACGACGGAGGCCACGUCGGCAGCUCCAAGGACAAAAGAGACCCACUCAGUCGACAACCAGACGGACGGGUCGUAGCAGACGGCCUGCAGCCUGGGCUCGUCCACCUGCUCUGGACUCUCCAUACAGACAAUUCCGACCCUCUGGGAAGCUUCGGCCGGAGAAAUGGUCCCCGGGCUCCAGGACGACGGAGGUGUUCUCUACAUCGUCCUCUACCUUCAUCACCAACUGGUACGUGGCCACCUGAGGCGCGUAGGCAGGAUGUAAAUACUCCAGCAAUUGAUGCUGCUUCUGCAUCCAUUCAUCCAUCAACCAGUCGGACGAGCCUGGGCUCGUCCACCUGCUCCGGACUCUCCAUGCAGACAAUUCCGCCCCUCUGGGAAGCUUCGGCCGGAGAAAUGGUCCCCGGGCUCCAGGAUGACGGAGGCCAUGUCGGUGGCUUUAAGGAUAUAAGAGGCCCACCCAGUCGACAACCAGACGGACGGGUCGUAGCAGACGGCCUUCUCCGAGUUCUGGUGACCCAUCAGAAGAGCCUCCACCUCGGACUGGCAGGAUGCAAAUACUCCACCAAUUGCUGCUGCUUCUGCAUCCAUUCAUCCAUCAACAAGUCGGGCCAGGCCUGGCAGACGGACGGUCUCCUCUCCGCCCUGGAGCUCUGCUCGUCCACCUGCUCCGGACUCUCCAUGCAGAAAAGUCCGCCCCUCUGGGAAACCUCGGCCGGAGAAAUGGUCCACGGGCUCCAGGACGACGGAGGCUCCAAGGAUCAAAGAGUUCUACCAAAUACAACCAGACGUACCGAUCCUAGCAGACGGCUAGGCCCGGCAGACGCACGGUCUCUUCUCCGCCUGGAAACUCUGCUCGUCCGGCAGCCUGGUCUAGUCCAUCUGCUCCAAUCUCCAUGCAGAGUCCGACGUUCUGGGAAGUCUCGACCGCCGAUAUGGGCCCCGGGCUCCAGCACGCCGGUGGGCUCCUCAUCAGCUCUAAGGACAGAAGAGCCCCACUCAGUCAGCACAUCUCGACCCCGACGCGACCGCGUUAGGGGCCCAAAACAGGCCAAAAGCCCCCUAUCGCAUGUAAUAGCUGGUCAUGUGUCCUCUGCCUGCGCCGAGCUCCGGCCGCUGCGAUAG